AACUAAUUUAGACUUUACCGUAAGUAUUUGGCUUCACUCUCAGUUUGCAGAAAGAACACAAAGUGUUUUCAGGUUGGACGGAGGACGGGUUGCUGCGCUCUCCUCCAGCUCCAUCACUGCCAUUCCCCCUUUCAGUCACUAGGGAGAGACUCCGAACUAGGAAACCUGCUGUUAUCGCACUCAAAGGGUCCCACAGCAGGCUCAUAGGAUCAGAGUCUCCACCGCACCGCCAUCCGCACACCGGCCUGCGGGACGCGUCGCACUCUCCGUCCGGGAUGGAGAAAGACGCCUUUGAACCGGACUCAUCCCGCCAGCGGAACGGGGUCGUGAGCGUGCUGUACGGGGAGUUCACCGACACGCUCAACGACAGGAUCCGGUACUCGGUGAGCCUGACGGAGAGCGCCUUGACCAUCCAGAGGAUCUCCUCUUCACCCGGCCGGACUAAGGUGGUUUUUAACCUGACCGACUGUGUCGGCUGUCGGGCGUACAGAGGGCCGGACAGCGCGGACGUCGGCGCCUACUUUACCGCCUAUUUCUACCCGUUCAAGAGGCGCUGGAUGAGCGCCGGAGUGGCCCGGCAGAGAGUGGAGCAGUGUUUUCGGGUCGCCUUGGUCCAGGACCCACUCGCCAACCUCCAGGAAGCUGAGAGGUGGGCUGGUGCCAUCAGAGAUGCCUCUGUGCUGCAGGCGCCCCGGAGAGACGGCGUGAUGUAUAUGGAGGUGCGUCGGCCUUGCAGAGUAAUGAUAUUGGUGAACCCUCACAGUGGUCGUGGCCAGGCUCUCCAGCUCUUCACCGGCCACAUACAGGGCAUGCUGACUGAGGCCGCUGUUCCCUACACACUCGUCAUUACAGAGCACCAGAACCACGCACGGGAGCUGGUGAAGAAGGCUGACUUGUCACAGUGGGAUGCCCUGGUUAUUAUGUCUGGAGAUGGUCUACUGUUUGAGGUGAUAAAUGGUCUGAUGGAGCGAGAGGACUGGCAAGAGGCCAUCCAAACCCCUCUGGGUAUUCUCCCAGGUGGCUCAGGCAAUGCCCUGGCUGCCUCUGUCCACCACUACUCACAGUCACCUCCAGCGUGGAACGAGGAGCUGCUACUGAGCUGUGGUUUCAUGCUGUGCAAAGGUCUGGUUGGUCCACUGGACCUGGUGUCCAUCCACCUGGCCUCUCGGCAGCGCCUCUUCUCUUUCCUCUCCCUGGCCUGGGGCUUUGUGGCUGAUGUCGACAUUGAGAGUGAGAAGUACCGUCAUGUUGGAGCAAUCCGAUUCCUGAUGGGCACUCUGGUGCGUCUGGCCUCCCUCAGAGUCUAUCAGGGCAGGUUAUCAUAUCUGCCUGUGAAGGAGGUGCCAAGACUUCCAAAAGGAAGCAUCAUGGCUAACAACCCUCCCUCCACUCCUCAACACCCUUCACUCUGCUCCUCGCUUCCCUGUCAGCUCAUCCCCAACACCUCUCCAAAUCAGAACUCUCGCCACAAUCACAACACCACAAAGUCCAACUACAACACCAUCACCAACUCCUCUAACAAUGCCAUCACCACAAAGCGACCUGAGAGCCAGAUUGAUGGCAAGACCAGAGCACUGGUGGACUCUCUGCUUCCAGGCUUAGACCAGCCAGUCCCAGAGAGCUGGACAGUGGUCAAGGAAGAGGACUUUGUCCUUGUGUUAGCUAUUUACCAGUCCCACCUGGCUGAGGACCUGUGGACAGUCCCUGGUGCAGUGGCAGAUGAUGGCAUGAUUCAUCUGUUCUAUGUGACAGCAGGUAUCUCCCGUCCUGCACUUCUGCGCCUCUUCCUUGCCAUGGAGAAGGGCGCCCACUUGGCAUGCGGCUGCCCCCACCUGGUGUAUGAGAAGGUGAAGGCCCUGCGGCUGGAGCCCAUCUCUCCACAAGGCAUGAUCACUGUGGAUGGGGAGAUGGUGGAGUAUGGGCCUGUUCAGGCUCAAAUCCACCCAGGACUGGCCAGACUCAUAUGUGGAUGAACUUGGAUUAUCUUAUUUUUUUCUGGCUGUAGAGCUUUCUAGUUUGGCUAUUUAUAAUUUCUUUAUGUAUGCUGUGUUUUCAGAAGUGCCAAAGACGUUUUAUCAGACUCUGGAAAUUCCUCUAUUUUUCUACAGAAACAACUUAUCUUAUUUUUAUGGACCCCCCCCCCCCCAAUACCCUCUCUCUUCUCUCAAUGUUUGAUUCAGGGUCAAAGCCAUGGAUGGUUUGUUCUUGCUGCUGGCUGGUCCCAGCUUAGAGAGAUGGGGGGGAUUGUGUGUGUGUGUGUGUGUGUGCACACGCACGCAAGAUAAAUCUUUAUGUAUGUGUGUGUGUAUGUGUGAGAUUGUACACGAGGAGCUUUGGCACACAGCAGCUGCAUUGUAGUGGCUGAGGAGUGCAUUGUGCACUCUGCUGUCUGACCUCAUAAGCAUGACACAUGUGAAGAGAAGCACAUUUUUUUGGUCCUGGGAGGCUUGUGGACAAACCACGCCCCUUGUCCUACUGUACUACACUGGGCCAGCAAUCUCCCUCCUGGACAAGUGCUCUGACGGCAUCACCUCCCCCUCAGCUUGGCAAAGAGGAGUUUUCUUACUGAGAAGAUAUAAAUCCUCCAGGGAUUUGAUGUUGAAAAUCUUUAAUCUUUGUAUAGCUUACAUAUAAAAACUUGAACAUUACCAGAUGUGACCAUUAGCGGUCAGUGAUUUUAACCUCCUGUUCUCCUUUGUGUGUGUGUGUGUGUGAAUACUUCCUCCAGCUGAUGCAUGAAGUGAUGGUGGAGCAUAGAGAAUCCUGGCCGAGCUGAGUUUAUACCUCCACCGCUGGUCGAUCCAUUUCCUGUCCUGUCCGUUGUCUUACCCUGCUUUCUCUGCAGCCGUCAUCAGACUUUAGACCGCCUCCACUCACACAUAAACACACACUCUCACUUGCUUUUCCCCCAUCCCCCCUCCUCCUAUGCACAUACACUCAUACACACAUGUUCCCUUGCAUCUCUGCAGCACUUAGUGAGGGGGAGGGGCAUGGUCUGCUACUGUGCAUAUGAUCCUCUCUCCUCUUGCCAUCUUUCAGAUUGAACUCUCUCUCCCUCCUUUGGUUAAUGAGCCAUCAGCACCUAAUGUGUCCUUAUUGUUAAGCUUUACGUCUUCUAAAGCAUGCAAAGAAAAGUUGGAGCGGGCUUUUGCAAUCAACAUUCAAACGCUUUUAAGUGAGAUUCAGCACUUCUUAGACUGGCUGCAGCUCACUAAAGUGGAGAGAACAGGGUUUUACACUGGAUCAGUCAGUGUUACAUAUUGAGAGGCAUGUGAGUCGCAUGGAGUCAAGCGAUACGCUCCGGCUGUGUGGCCUUUUUUUGCUGGUUUGCUGAUGCUGCGGUGAUGAGCAUUAGUGCACCGGAGCAGGGGAGAGUGCAAAUGUUAGCAUUAUAAUCAGUGCCCUCCACACUCUCUCACACGCACUCUUUCUCAUUUAUACCUGUUUAUUUCAGGUCACGAUGACCGCACUAGAGCUGUUACACACACAGGUAAGCUGCAAGUGAAUAUCAUCACUUCGAGAGUGAGCUGUCUUUCCUGACCUUAAAAAUAAAUCAAAUUCUUCAAUUUUAUCAUCUAUAUAUAAAGCAGAAUGUCAACAGGGUAAAGGAGAUCACACUGUAUGAAUGCUGAUGCAUUUGAUAAAAACAAAAUCACAGUAUAUGCUGAAAGUGAAAACUAGAAUGUUGACUGGCUAAUUGGUAACAAAGAAAGGCUAAUUAUAAGCUUUUCAGGGUUUUGAUGAAUACAUCGCUGUCAUCUUGAGUACCACUGAAAGAAGCGUAAAUAUGAAAAUAUCUUGACACAUUGCAAACAUAAGUAAGGUCACUUUAGGGGAUGUUUGAAAAUUAUUGGUGUGUGGGGGAGUGCAGAACCUUAUGAGUCAUUUUAUACAAAAAAAAACAAGGCUCUGGACAGUGUUAUUAAAAUUUGGAUGCUCCCCUUGGCUAAGAGCAAAGAUAACUGCUCCUGAUGUGGAAGGUGGGAGCUGCAGUGGACUAGUUAAAAAAAGAUGCCAUGUCAAAAGUUACUCGCUAAUAGUAAUACAUAAAGAUCCACGUCAAUCUGCUUUUCAAAACUGACAUAUUAUCCCUAUUAGCUAUUGAUUGUGUUGUAGAAAAUACAGAGCAGAUGCAAAGACAAGCUCUUCUCCCUGCACAUAUGGUAAAAUACACCAUUAUCACUGGUGGCGUGCCAUGUUACUGUUUUUAUUUAUAAAUACUAUUAUUAUUCUUAUUGUAAAGCUCACAAAAGAAAAAUAGAAUGACAUAUAAGACAGGCAUGAGAAAUUAAGUGGGAUUCAUUUUUUAGUUAAAGAAAAACUACAUACACUCCCCUUUUCUGCCCGCUGCAAAUAAUUUUUGUACAGUCCCUAUAAUAUACUUGAAGCUGACCGCUUCCAUCUUCACAGCAGUGCCGAAUUUUUUUUUGUUGUUUUUGCCUAUAACUUGAUUUUACAUAUUUACACAUUACAUAUACUGUAUGAUAGUCAGAGCUACACAUUGUGUACAACAUACUGUAUCUUCUACAAUUACUGUAUCCUCAGUGAAGCUAUCCAGGUGCUUUGAAUGCAUUAUCAUGUUCAUCAGGCUGCAGUCAUGAAAUUGCAGCUGUCCACAUGCAAUGUUCAUUACUAAAUGUAUAAAGUACAUCUCAUAGGGGUAGACAUAAGCUAUGCAAAUACCUUGUCAAGGCUGCAGAUAUUUGGAGUGAGGGGUCCCUCUGCUGGACCCUCUCAUAUACAGUAUUUCUCAUUGAAUGAAAUGUAGGAAAAAUUAAAUCAUUUAUCUUUGUAUCAUGCAAUGCAGUAUCUCUAGGCUGCCACUUGCUUCUAGUAUUUACAGUCAUGAAAGGAUUACGGUAGUCUUACAACAUAAAACUCAGCUACAGGAGACAGUUUGUUCCUCAUGCAAACCUUCAUUAGGGCCUUAAUAAAGGCCUAUCUCAUCUAAUGAAAGUCAACAUCCAGCUUAUUGUAAUUUAUCAUCAGAGAAAUGUAUUUGAUACUGGCAUAGAAGCACAGAUGCAAAUAAUAAUCAAUGUCAAGAUCUUGGUGUAGGGUGUUGUUGCACUACUGUUAACUUAUGAUACUAUACUGUUAAGUGUUUAUUCCAGUGACUUUCUCAAUGUAACAACAGUUUUUUAAAGCACAAAUGUUAAUAUUUGUCUAUACACUUCUCAAAAGCUUGGAAAAAAAGACAUGAUUUGCAGAUCGGUGAUGAAUGUUUUAGUCAUUGUUUUGUUGUUUAAUGUGGUAAUUUAAGAUGUCUUUUAGUGCGGAAGAUCAGAGGUUCCACGUGGUAUGGCUGAAUGUGUUAUCCCUGUUAGUCUGAAAAAUAACCGUUUUGUAAACUGCGUGCCACGUAUUUGCAGCUUUUCACUUUGAAGUAAGUGCAAAUAGAAAAAAAAAAGUUUCUCCAGAUAGUGCCUUAGCAUUACCCAAGACAGCAGAUAGGUGGUGCAUGGAAAUAAAAAUUCUUUGCCAUUUUACCACAUUCUUUACCACACUACACACAAUACAAACACAGAGUAUACACUGAUUCUCUAUGUUAGGCAUGAGUCCAUAUGAUCUGUGAAGCUUUCUAGAAGAGGGGUUGACUGAGUUCUAAGUUUUAACUUCCAUAUAAGGUUGUUAUUACAAUCAUUUAACUGGCUGUUGACAAACAGGUAUCCAUCAUCUUAUAUUUUCUUGUAAUUCUCUGUUUAUAGACUUUUUAAAAUACCAAUAAACAUUCAUACAGACCAAUCCCUGCUUUUCUGUGACUGGUUCAUUUAAUCAGUAAAUGAGACGAUUUGAUCUGAUUUAUUGUUAAUUGUUAAGGCCAAGAGAUUCAUAACUAAACAGACACAUAAGAAUCAGUGGAAAAGAAAUUCAAGACCACCACUGAGUGUCAGACCUGAGCACCGUUUGUCUCAAAAUGUUAUGCUAUAUGUAACUGGAAGGUGAAUGGAAA